AUGAAUAUCUUAUUCGCCUAUAUGCUGUGGCAAGACAAAACUGAGGCGGAUGAACGACUAGCUUUGUUUUGUGUACAUAAUGAACAAAACCUUAGCAAUCCUGACCAUAAUCGCCGCUGUGGUCCUCGCCCAAAGGCAACGCGACAUCUCAGGAACAUGACUAUAACUAUUGCUCAGCAAAAGAAGGAGAUAGAGGAGUGGGCGCAGAAAAAUAAUGUUGCGGAGCAAGUUGCUGAGUUCAACGCUAAUAUGACCCGACUAAAGGAUGAAGUAAGACACAACGUUACCCAGCUUGUCAAUGAGCUGCCUCAAGCUCUGCAAAGAAUUAAUGAAAUAUUAGAUAAUGAGGAACAGACACCAAUAGAGCUCUUCCAGGCACUUAGGAACCUAACAAAGGAAAAUCCGCCUCUUUACCACUUGGCCAAAUUUGCAAAUGAUAUGUUUAUGAGACCACCACAUAGACCAUGGGGUGGCUUUAGAGGACGCGAAGGACGAAGAGGAUCGCCUUUUGGUCCUGGUAAAGGAUUUGGGAGACCAGAUUUUGAUGGCAGGGAUUUGCAAGUCAUUGGCCCAGAAGAAGGACGAAACCGCAGAUUCAGACGUGCUCGCUGGUGACCAGCUGCAUUUCCCUGCAUGAUAUUCUUACUUGAUUGUGCAUAUUCUUGAACAGAACUGCUGAUUAUUGGUUUACUCUGCU